CCGGGAGAAGGAAGAACCACCGAGCCCCGGGUGCUCCCGAGGACCGCUGCCGCUUCAUCCCACCCGCUCCCGCCGCUGCCCGGCCAUGGGGAGCUGCGCACGGCUGCUGCUGCUCUGGGGCUGCUCGGCGGUGGCCGCAGGUCUGAGCGGAGUAGCCGGUGCUAAUUCUCGCUGCGAGAAGGCCUGCAACCCUCGCAUGGGCAACCUGGCUCUGGGAAGAAAACUCCGGGCAGACAGCACCUGUGGCCAGAAUGCCACUGAACUCUUCUGCUUCUACAGCGAGAACGCCGAUCUCACCUGCCGGCAGCCCAAAUGUGAGAAGUGCAACGCGGCCCACUCUCACCUGGCCCACCCGCCCUCGGCCAUGGCCGAUUCGUCCUUCAGGUUUCCCCGGACGUGGUGGCAGUCUGCGGAGGACGUGCACCGAGAAAAGAUCCAGUUAGACCUGGAAGCGGAGUUCUACUUUACCCACCUCAUUAUGGUGUUCAAGUCCCCCAGGCCGGCAGCCAUGGUGCUGGACCGGUCCCAGGACUUUGGAAAGACGUGGAAGCCUUACAAGUACUUUGCAACCAACUGCUCGGCUACUUUCGGCCUGGAAGACGAUGUUGUCAAGAAGGGAGCUCUCUGCACGUCGAGAUAUUCCAGUGCUUUCCCGUGCACUGGAGGAGAGGUUAUUUUCAGAGCUCUGUCACCACCGUACGACAUAGAAAACCCUUACGGUGCCAAAGUUCAGGAGCAGCUGAAGAUCACCAACCUCCGCGUGCAGCUGCUCAAGCGACAACCCUGCCCUUGUCAGGGAAACGACGUGAACGCAAAGCCUCAGCAUUUCACACACUAUGCCAUCUAUGACUUCAUCGUCAAGGGCAGCUGCUUCUGCAAUGGCCACGCUGAUCAGUGUGUACCUGUGGAUGGCUUCAGACCCGUCAAGGCUCCGGGAGCAUUCCAUGUGGUGCACGGGAAAUGCAUGUGCAAGCACAACACAGCCGGCAGCCACUGUCAGCACUGUGCGCCAUUGUACAACGACCGGCCCUGGGAGGCAGCCGAUGGCAGAACGGGGGCUCCUAACGAGUGCAGAACCUGCAAGUGCAACGGGCACGCUGACACCUGUCACUUCGACAGCCAGGUGUGGGAGGCGUCAGGGAACCGCAGCGGGGGCGUCUGCACCAACUGCCAGCACAACACCGAAGGUCAGCACUGCCAGCGCUGUAAGCCGGGCUUCUACCGGGACCUCAGGCUACCUUUCUCCGCCCCAGAUGCCUGCAAAGCAUGUUCCUGCCAUCCAGUCGGGUCGGCUAUCCUUCCAUUCAGCUCAGUGACCUUCUGUGACCCUAGCAAUGGUGACUGCCCUUGCAAGCCUGGGGUGGCGGGGCCACACUGUGACAGGUGCAUGAUGGGAUACUGGGGCUUUGGACACUAUGGCUGCAGACCUUGUGACUGUGCCGGAAGCUGUGACCCACUCACAGGAGACUGCAUCAGCAGUAGCGCUGACGUCGAUUGGUACCACGAAGUCCCCGCCUUUCCUUCUCCGUACAAUAAGAGCGAGCCGACCUGGGAGUGGGGGGACGAACAAGGAUUCUCUGCACUCCGACACUCAGGUAAAUGUGAAUGUAAGGAACAAGUGUUAGGAAACCCCAAGGCAUUCUGCGGAAUGAAGUAUUCGUAUGUGUUAAAAAUCAAGAUUUUAUCAGCUCACGACAAAGGUUCCCAUGCCGAGGUCAAUGUGAAGAUAAAAAAAGUCCUACAGUCUACGAAACUGAAGCUCUUACGAGGCAAGAGGACGCUGUACCCUGAGUCCUGGACAAACAGGGGCUGCACGUGUCCGAUCCUCAAUCCAGGUCUGGAGUACCUUGUGGCUGGACACGAAGACGUAAGAACAGGCAAACUGGUUGUGAAUAUGAAAAGCUUCGUCCAGCGCUGGAAACCAGCUCUUGGGAGAAGGGUCAUGCAUAUCUUAAAGAAAGAAUGCAAAUAGCACUGGACACAUGAGGCACACAGAGACACGCGUGUAAUGGAAAAAGAGACCUUGAAAUGAAACUGGAAUAUUUUUUGAAGUGCCAAAAUGUAGGAAAAGGUUCCAAUGCAGAGGCCUUGUCCGAUCUCUCUGUUCUAGGUCUGCGCUCAAACACAGUUUUGUUUCAGAAAGAGAAAUGAAACCCGAGCUGAUCGCUGCUUUCUGUGGAACUGGUUCUGAAAGUCAUAGCUAUCGAGAAUAUUUUAAUAGCGACAUGAUGUUUAGCACGCAUCCAUCGGGGGCUGUAUCCCUGGCAAGGUCUGCUCCCAGCUUGAGAUAUGUUGUGUCCAUUGUAUUUGAUGCUAUUUAAGGAAUUAAUGAGAUUUUUAGGGACCCGCCCCCAACUCAAGCGUCGGGAAAAGUGUUUCUUAAAGAGCCCUGUCUGUGUGCUGUGUGUGGACUUUCGGUGGGCGGGAUGUGAAAGGAACUUCUCCGUGUGUGUAUAUAGUAUUUCCUUGCGUAAAGCACUUUAACCUACCGCUGGUGUUGUGAAAGUUUGGAGCCGGCUCCUGACUGGAAGACAAGAGAAGGGCUGUGUGAAGACCUGCCGAGACAGAAGCACUGCCACCGUGGGUGGAUAAAGACCCAGGAGCCGUGGAUCAAGGAAACAAUGCCAUUUAGCUCUAGACAUCGGGAGAAACACCGCAAAGACGCAACUUGUGUGAAGUCUCGGUUCGGGCUGAGAGGUUAGGUUGCAAGAUACUGGUCAUACUGAAACUUAAAAAAAAAAAGAAGAAAGAGAGAUAGAGAGACUUUAAAAGAAGAGAAAGAAACCACAAAUGUAGAAAUAUGUUUGCAUAAAGGGGAAGUAGACCUGUCAAAAAAGCUGAUUUAUUUGUGAUGCACUUGGACACACUUCGAAAAUGAUUGUAAACCCAGAAUUUGUUCUGUUUUUGUGUUUAGUAUUUAAACAUGAACUUUGGACCAGUUUUCUCCCUUCUCUUAUUAACAGUACGUGGUCGUGACAUUUACCCGUUUCAUAGCACAAUGUAUGUGAUAGUUCACCCAAUUACUGUUUUUCAUUAUCCUUCAUUUUCCUUAUCCAGGCAUAGCCACGCUGCAUACAGCUUCUACUGUACUUGAAUUUACAAACCAGGAGCCACAGUGCCGAAACUUUAGGUUCAUAUCCGGAGCAUAUUUUUCUCUGAGGUCCUGUGGACUCACAAAAAUAUAUAUAUAUUGCUUUGUGAAUUUGUUUUUAUAUUUCAUGUAUGUAAUAAAGGAAUAUGACCUCCUGA